AUGAGAAAACGUAAAACUUCAUCAUCUUCAUCUGCCCAAUCCUCGUCAUCGGGAUCAUCAAGUACCAUGACAACUUCCAUCAAUGAAAAAACAAAAUAUCAACUCAAUGAUUUAAUACAUACCGCAUGCUGUAAAAACAAUGAAUUUUUUGUGCAGGAUUCUGUAUUGCAAACGUUCAAAUCGAUUGUCAAGCAAGGUGAUGUUUAUGUCGAGUCAGCCUAUCAUCAAUUAAUGAAAAGUAUAUUGCCAAUGAAAAAUUCCACGAAACGAUAUUUGGCACUUGUGUUUAUUCAUGAAUGCAUGCGGAGUAAAACCUUUAGAGCUCUGCUGGCAAAAGAUUUUCAAGAAUUUAUUGUUCUCACAGUGCAAGGAAGUCCCUCAUCGAAAAAAGAUAAAGCCACAUCCACGGCGAGCAAUGGUAAAAACUCGAUCUAUCUCAAACGUAAAAAUUCAAAAUAUAGUAACUAUGAAGCUUGCAUGCCCAAUGUAUUGCCUCCUCCAGAGAAAUCAGCCAUGUUGUUGAGGAAAAAAGCUCUCGAAUAUAUCGAGCAAUGGAGUGAAGUUUAUGGCGAAAUUUAUCCUUCGUUUAAGAAGGGUCAUGACUAUAUUGAAAAGGUUCUAAAAUUUCAAUUUCCAAAAUUGAGAGAGCAUCAUCUGGAUACUGCUCGAAUUGAGGCUGAAAGAAAACGUCACACUCAAAUCAUAUUGAUGCAAAAGUAUAAAAAGAUUCGAGAUGAAGAAUUUGAUGAACAGUAUAUUCAUAUUGAGGUUUGCUUGAGGCAGCUCGAUGCAUGCUUGGAUCAAAUUGUUCCAACUUUUGAAAACAUGAUGAAAGAUGCUCUUUUACAGGAAGAGAAGGCUGCAGAAGAAGCCAGUAAUAAUGAUGACCGUGGGAAACAAAAUAAUGCAAUGGAACAUGUUCUUGAUUCAACAGUGAGUGAUGAUGCAAGUGUUGCUGACGGGGUUACAGAAAUUGAUACUGAGAAGAACACGACCAGUAGUUCUGAAGUAGAGGAGAAUAUCGGUAACAACAGUAACAAUCAUGUCAUAGAUGUAAAACCUUUUUAUUUUGAAGAAGAUGAGAAUGACCAAGACGAAAACGGUGAGGGAAACGAAUGGGAAGAAGUGGUGGCUUCUGACCAUGUUGGUGGAGAUGAUGAAAUGGAUGACCAUACAAUCUUUUCAAAUGCAGAAGAAAUGAUGCGAGAUAUUGGAAUUUUUUCAAACGAUUAUGAAAUUGUCAUUGACUUGAGGGACAUUUUCCAGGACAAUGAGACGGUAGACAAUGAGGCAUUAUUCGAAAUUUGUAAGGAAAAUUUACAUACCCUUAGAAAAGUCUAUCUUCCUCAAAUCAAGGAAUGGAUGAGAAUCAUGACCAGUGUUGAAUUAACGGAACAAGCUGACAUUUCCAUUCGUCAACACAUGCUCAUGAAGUGUAUUGAUAUGAAGAAUAGAAUGAACGACAUUUUUCAAAAGUGUGAAAAACUUCAAAUUGAAAGCGCUGCAGAAACAGCAUUAUCGGUUCGAAAAAAUUCAAGAAGAAACUUGGAAGAACAAAUUGAGAGAGCUCGAAUGAUGGAACAUCAAAUUGUUCAAGAUUUAAUUUCUCAAAGGAAGAAGAAACGAAAAGGUGCCAGUGAUGAUGGUGACAAUACUACAAGCACCCUCAAUGCUAAGAAAAUAAAAAGAUGA